UUGACAUUUUUUUGGCAGUCGGCCCUGCACCGUUUAUGUAAAAAGAUUGCUUACGUUAAAAAAAGUGUCAGAUUUUUUUAUAGUUGCAGAUCUAAAUUUAUAAAGUUGACGAAUAACUAUUUUACCUCGUGUCUCCAUGUGUUAAUGGAGAAAGAGUGAGAUUGUUGUGACAAAAAAGUUUAAAAAAAAAAUAAUAAAACAAGUGCCAGGAAAUGAAGAGAGCCUACAACAUUAUCAAAUAAAUUUAUGAAACGCAAUUUCAUACGAUUACAUUUAAUUAAAAAAAAAAGUUCAUUAUCGAACUUGAGAUUUAUCCUAAUUAAGCAUGUCAAAAGAACGUCAACAGCGAAAUACAAGAUCACGAUCAUUGACUCCACAAGUUUUAAGUCAAAAUCUCGUGGACUCUGAAACAACAGAACAUCACUAUGAUCUCAGAAAAAGAAGUCGUGAGCGAUCUUAUACCCCCGGGGAAGUAUCGAGCAGCCGAAGAUCAAGUUCAAGAUCACUACAAGCAAAUGCUACAAAAAAUAAAGAACAAAAUAUGGAUAUUAUAAAUGAACGAGAAGAUGAAUUGGAAAAUCAAAAAGAAAUUCAGGAAAAUAUUAACGAAAAAAAACCAGAACGACGUUCGGAGCGACAACGUGUUAAGAAACAAACAGUUUCAAACGGACAGAAUGAAGUCAAAGAUAAUGUAGCUAAUGCAAAAAUUGAAUGUAAAAGAAAGAGUGUUACACCGAAAAAAAUGUUGACCAGCGAUUAUUCCUCUGAGGAAGGAGAACGAGAAGAUCCUCCAAGUCGACCGGGAUCUGCAUAUGAAAUUUACAAAAAAGCCGGUGAAUGGUGGAAUGUUUAUCCUAAAACCGAUUACACGUAUUCUCGUGCAUCGCAGUGUCGUUACGAAAUUGCUCCAGGCAUUUUGGCUAUGCCUAAUAUGUCCCGACGUUCAAUUCAUUCCGAUUGCAGUAGCACGCACGGUAGUUCCAUAUCAAAUAGUCAUCAAAGUUUAAAUCUCGAAACUGGCGAAACUCAUAGCAGCGAAUUUGCCGAUAUUUCCUCAAUAAAACAAGAUAACAUGAGAAUGGAAAAUGCUUCUCAUAUACAUCAUCAGGCUCAUACCUCAGAUUUUUCAGGGAAAUCAUCAAUACUUUAUAAAAGAACACAUGUUGAACAGUAUACAUCACAUCGAGAAAUAGUUUAUGAUUCUAAUCAAUUAUCUCCUCACUUAUCACCAAUUAUAUCUCCCGAAGAGAGGUAUAAAUCAAAUACAACUUUCAUCGCGCGUAAAUAUGGUCAUUUAUCACAAGCAGAUUCCGAUACAGAAUUAGAUGAAGCAAUAACCAGGACAAAUACGGUGAAUUCAAAUGAAAAAUCAAAAAUUUCUAAUCUAUUUUUAAAAAUCGUGUCAAUUAUUACGACAAUAUUUAUUGGAACUUUAAGCUUUGUUACAUUAGGUAUCUUUCAAAAGAAGGAACAAUUUACUGCUAGUCAUAACUAUCAACGAUAUCAAGAAUCAAUCUGGAGUCGUUUGUGGAAAGUGUUUGAUCAUAUUUUUGAAAAAGUUUAUUUAUUUUUAGUUAACAUGAUGUUAUUAGAUUCGUGGUUUUUAAGUCGAUUAAUGAAAAUAAGACAAUACAUUCAAGGAAGACGUAAUAAAAUUUUUUGGAUUGCAUUAUUGCCACUUCUUUUUUUGGCUGGAUUCUGGUGUCUACCACGAUUUUUCACAAAACAAACCGAAGAAAUAGUGCCAUCUUUUUAUAAUACGGCGAAAGAAGGAUUUAUCGUCGACACAUCGCGAGAAGAAGAAAUGAGAUCACUUCUUCAAAUUCUAACUGAUAAAGUUCAACGAUUAGAACGCAAAGAUAUGAUGCAGACUGAACAUUUGAAAAAUUUUACACAAGUAAUUGAAAGUUUAAAGAAUGAAAAGAAUUACGAGACAAUAAAUGCAAUGAAAGUGGAAUUUGAAGCGUUACGCGAUAAUUAUUUUCAACUAAAAUCCUGUUGCGAUUCAAAUGUUCAAAAAUUAACGGACGAAGAUAUUGAAAGUCACAUCAAUAGAGUUUUAGCUGGUUAUUUCGGUAGUUCCACUUCAAAGGAAGAAUUGUCUCGAGUCAUGCAGAGUUUAUUAUUAAUACGAGAAAAUGACAAUAUACAAAAGGAAACAGUGAAAGAAUCAGAAGUGGAGAGAAUAAGAGGCGAUGUAUCAUUGGAGGACAUGAGAAGAAUUGUUAAAGAAAUACUCAAGAUUUAUGAUGCUGACAAAACGGGAAGAGUUGAUUAUGCAUUGGAAUCAGCAGGUGGACAAGUAAUCAGUACACGAUGUACACAAGGAUAUAAUGUUAAAACAAGAGCUUAUAAGCUAUUUGGUUUAACAUUGUAUUAUGAAAGUAAUGAUCCUCGAACUGUGAUACAGGGAAAUACUUUACAACCUGGCGCAUGUUGGGCUUUUCAAGAUUUCCCUGGCUAUUUAUUAAUUAAAUUACGCAAUUUUAUUUAUGUCACUGGUUUUACAUUAGAGCAUGUUCCCAAGUCAAUUUUACCGAAUGGCGACAUGAGAAGUGCACCGCGCAAAUUUAACGUUUGGGGAUUGAAGCAUGAAAAUGAUUUGGAACCCGUUAUGUUUGGAGAAUACGAGUUUCUUGACACUGAAGAUAAUUUACAAUACUUUCCUGUUCAGAAUAUGACGAUAAAAACAACAUACGAUCUGGUGGAAUUGCGAAUACACAGCAAUCAUGGUCAACUUGAAUAUACUUGUUUAUACAGAUUUCGAGUCCACGGACGAAUAUUGUGAGUGACAAAAAAAUCAUAAAAAUCAAGACAAAGAAAGUUCCAUUAUUUCUUAGUGAUGAAAUGAGCAGCAUUAUAAUGUCUUUAUAAUCCCAUCGUGCCUUUGGCUGCAGUAUUUAUUGUUCCUUACCACCAAUGAAAGUGGAAAAUUUAAUAUCGCACAGAAUAUUGGACGCACAUGAAAGUUAUCUUUUUUUUUUUUAUUUUGUUUUUUUGAAUAUUGAACGUGUGCGAUCUAUUUCUUUUUUUUCAGAUAAGAAAGACGAUUUCAGGGCUAGGCGUACAUUAUAAUUAUAUAUAAUAGUGUAAAAAUGUAUUUUUGUAAAAAAUAAUAUUCCUUUCAGGAUUGUUCUUAUACGAAACUUAUAAUUUUAGAAUGCGUUAGACUGAAUUCCCAAAUAGUUACCUCGAAACUAAGAAUUCAUGAAUAAUCUAAUUUUACGAUGCAACAUCGAACGAAAAACAUAAACAAACUGGCGAGACAGUACAAAUUGUAAAAAAAAAAAGAAAAUGAAUUAGAAAAAUCAUUAACUAAUUAGAAUAGAAAUAUAUAAUUAUAUAUUCUUGAUGCACUUGUUGCAAGGCAUUGGAUAGAAUUGAUAUAUAGACAAAAAUAAAUUUUUUUAAUUAUUAUUAUUAUCAUCGAAAUAAUUUUAUUUAUUUAGUUCGAAAUCUCGAGUUUAUUUAUUUAGUUUUUCAAAUGAUCCCUAGGAUUAAAAAUUUUCCAAAGUUAUUUAAUAUUAGUUUAGAGUCUUAUUAAAACGACUACUGUAUCUCUAUUAUUACUAAUGUAGUUUUCUCAUUUUGGAAACUAAGUUUCUAAGCUCUUUCUUUUUUUUUUUUUUUUUAGAUAUAUAGAUAUUCAAAAUAUCGAUUAAAAUCUAUUUAAUGCCUUGACUUGUAGCUCGAGAACUAUUAACAAAUCACGCUUUUACAAAGAUCUAUUUUUAAGAUAUAUUCGUAUUUAUAUAUAUAUAUACCAGAAAAAUAUUAAUUCUUAUUUCUGGACAAAAUCUAAAAAUUAUAAAAUAUUAUAAAAUUGACAUGAAAGUCUAUAAAAAUUGUAGAAAUUAGAAUUAAUAAUUUUCGAAUCAGCGAAUCGUAUAAAAAUAGAAAAUCGUCCUUCAUUUUUAUGUAGGUCAUAUUUAUUAUUAUUACAAAAAUCAAAAAAAGAAAUUUCAUUGCUUUUUUUCUUGAUUGAGAAUUUAGUGUUAACUAUAAAAUAUAUUUUUUAUUUCAAAAUUCAUUUCACUUUGCAAAUAGUUUCAUUGAAGUACCAAGCACUUGUUUAAACUGAACUUAUUGCCUCUUUACAAGAAAAUCAUAUAUUAUAGUGAGAUUUUGCAUAAUAAAUGUUUUUUUUAAAGACUGUAGACUGAUUAAUUUAUAUUAAUUUUAACUGCAGAAAAAAAAGUUCAUGUGCGGCUUGACAUAUUAUACUUAAAAAAAAAAAAAACUAAGUGAAAAAUUAUUGUUGAAAUUUCGAGAAUGUGACAUAUUUUUUAUUAUUUAUCGAAAUCAUUUAAAGAGAGUGAAAAGCUUUUUCUUUUCUAUGUGUGUCAUACUAUAAUAAAUAUUUGUAAACCAAGCAUAAUAAUAUGCACGAAAAAAGAAUUGUAAGAAUUAUUACCAAAUUUGUGAAUAAAAAAACUUGUGAAAACAAAAAAA